ACUACACUCUGGCUGGAAGAAUGAGCACGGACGGCCUGCCGACAUACACGCUUGCCGAGGUGAAGCAGCACAAUACGGAGGACUCUCUGUGGAUGGUCAUCCGUGGCCUUGUCUAUGACCUCACCGAGUACCUCGAUGAGCACCCGGGUGGCGACAUCAUGCUGGAGGGCGCUGGACUGGAUGCGACUGAGAUGUUUGACGACGUGGGGCAUUCGGAUGAGGCUGCAGAGGAGCUGGCCAAAUACCUCAUCGGCCGUCUUGCCUGAGAAGAACAGAUAAUGAAAGAAAGCCGAGG